AUGUUGGCUCAGCCAGGUUCACCCUUCACAUCUGGCUGGAUUGAAUCAAGUUUGGACGCGAACCACAACUUGAAAUCCAACAGAAUGACGAGCGUCGAGCAGCAAAUUGCCGCGAAUGGGACAUUGUAUGCUCUCUUGGACUCGCUCACCUGUGGAGAGGUGAUCAAAGAUCAAGAUCCAGCCGCGAAUAAGCUUGGGGCGCGACCUCAACAUCCUCUAUGCCUUGAUAGCGAACUGUCUGUGAGCGAAGGAUGCGAAGCACUUGCUGCCAAUAGAAUAACUUCCGCACCAGUGUACGACGCUAACAAGGGCGGCUUUAUUGGAAUGCUGGACUACCGGGACCUUGUUGCCUUCGUUCUGUCUGUCCUACAUAAGGUGCCAAAAGACCCAAGCCCCGUAGAUGUCAGCAUGGACGUCACGGAUAUCGUAAAGCGCGCUCUAGUAAACAAAAGCGAAGUCCCAAUCAAACUUGUCAGCAAUUUGUCUCACUCGAAUCCUCUUAUUCCUGUGCAAGCCUCUGCAUCCAUCCGCGUGGCUGUAGAGGAAUUUGUGCGAAAUCAUGUUCAUCGCGUUGUUGUGCUGCAACCGGAAAACGACACUGCCCACUUUGCUGGGAUUCUCUCUCAGUCUGCUGUGGCUGCUUUGGUUGCGUCGCGCGUGGGAAAAUUGGCCGGUGCUGCUGAUCCGACCGCCAAAUCAAUGUGGGCGACAGGAAAUAAGACAUUACAAGAACUGGGUCUAGUCGGGAAGGACAUCAUAUCAGUGAUUCCGGAUGACACAGUCUUAGAAGGGCUGUAUAUGAUGCACGAACACAAGAUAUCGUCUGUAGCAAUCGUCGAGCGCACAGAGCAGGGAGAUAACCAGCUGGUGGGAUCCAUAAGCAUGACAGAUAUCAAGGCUAUACUUGCUGAUCGGAAAGGUUGGAGGCGUCUUUACGAACGAGCGUUUGACUUCUUCACAAGCAUGCGCUUUGAGCAAGGGCUCGAGGCGGGCGGAGAUGACCGCAUACCCACAUUUACAGUCCAUCCUGAAACCACUCUCAUUGCGACAAUCGAAAAGAUGGCAGCUACCCGCGGACAUCGUGUCUGGGUAGUGGAGGGAAGUCGCGCAGUGGGUGUUGUUAGUCUAUCGGAUAUUAUGCCACUUCUGCUAAAAUGAUCGAUGCAAAGAGAGAAAAGGAGUUUAUGAACGGUCCCGAUUUCUUGAUUCUGUACAAUAUAUACGCUCUAUCCCUCCCCUUCGUUAAUCAAGCUCAUAAAGUAUGCUUCUCUCUGUG